AUGCAGUUUCAGGGGGUUCGACUGUACACGUACGGUAUGAGGAGGCCGUCACGGUCUGACUGGGCUUCCGUCUCACCACCACGUCGGACCAGAACUUGGUUGAUCUCGACACUGAGAACAGUUGAAUCAUCGCAGUUCAUAGGUAUCAGAAAUUUCACUCUCUAUACCCAAGUGAAUACUCGUUACUCUGACUUGUGAAAACACACGUACAUAUGUAUCAGUUGUUGGGACGCUACGAUAACCAGAUCCUACCUUCUUCUGGCCUGAAUCAGGCAUCGGGCGUGCAUUGAUUGUCAGCUGCUGGGCUGCGAGCGAGGGGUUGCAAGGGGUAGUAUCGGCGAGGAGGGGAUAUGGUGCGCCGACGAAACGGUGAUCAUGGUGAGACGAUUUGGUUUGGACCUCGUUUCUUUUCUUCUAGUGGCCCAUUUUGACUCUCUGAGGGCGGACGUUCGUCUCGGGAUUCUUGUUUUCUCGACAUUCAAGUUGCCCAUGGCUUUCGUUGCAGCAAGUAGGGUGGUCGAAUUGAUCAAGUGGGUAGGUCGCUCCCCGUCAAACACAAGACGACAUUGCAACAGAAGAGAAGUGAUAGGAAACAACGACACAAGACAUCAAACAAGAUUGGCAGGGAGAGAACCUCCAGGCCGCCGGGGCCGCGCAUUUUCUCACUUGCAUCGCGUCGCAUGGCAUCGUCGCUUCCCGGCGCCAGACAGGUCGUCUUUUAUCCCCCUUCCACUGCAGUCCGCACUCCUAGGCCCCCCUCUCGCUCAUGUGCGUCUCUGUCUCUGAGUGGCGUGAACAGUCAAUUGGAGAGUCGCAUUCCACUCAGUA